UCAGGUCCCCAGUACACUUUUAUUACAUUUUAUCCACCAGCAAUACCCAGCGCACGCCACUCUCACUCCAUUCUACGAACUGCAAGCCGCGCCACCCGCCAUUCAGCCUCCAACUACCAACCACUAGACCCUCAACCCGUGCUUGUGUCUCGCCUCCUGCCGUCUCCGCCGUGCUCCUGCCCUCGCCGUGCCACGUGUCCACCGUCAUCCAUCACCCAUCACUAUCCUUGCUUCCAUCCCCACGACACGCACACGCACGCUCCUCCCGCCACCCCUUCCCCUCAUUUCGAUCGGGCCAAGUUACGCCUCCUUUCCUCCGUUGUGGCCGCCGCUUUGACGCUUCCGAGGAAAAUCGCAGCAUCAUAUACUGCCCACAGAUAUCAUCUGGCGCUCGGCUACUACAGGCCGUGAGGAGACACAAGUGAAAACGACGAGUCCAUCGUGAGGAAAGACUUUUUUCUUCCAGUUAUCGAAACUUAUAACGAGCAGACAUAUCAAGAGGUUGAAGGCCUCUGCAACUGCCAACCUGCCGUCAACACCUCCUCUUCCACCACCCCUUCUCUCGGCAGCGCCGCCCUUGUUUACUUCACCCUCUCCGACAGGACGCUUUUCAGUCCAACAGCAAUCCGAAAUACUGGAUCAUUCGGUGGACCCUGUAGGGUCUACAAUCAUCGGUGACAACAAGGCAUACGAUAAUUGGGUUUUUAACGCUUUUAGCUCUCCUCCCUCCCCGUCCACAAUAGCCUCGAAUACCGAUUCACAAGCUGGGGGGGAAUGUUUUCCCCCCUCAUAUGAGAGUACUGAAGGUGAAAAUUCCUCUGUUGGUUCAAGUGCAUCUCGUCCUCAAAACCUUUCGCUCAAUAUAAGUGCUUUGCCGGCGGCACUUCCUCGCCUACAGCAUCAGCUACGGUCUCCUUCAUCACUUCCUUCUUCGGGCCCUCCCUUGACAGAUCCCUUCAGUUCCGGUCACAACACCGAUUUGUCUCAAGAUUACUUUCAGUUCCCUGAAGGCCCCGUUUCUGGCAACGCCGAAGGGUCUUUUGUUUCUCAGAUAUCAUUUGAUGACGAUCGACAACCUCAGCAAAUACAGCAGCCCAAUCAGAGAUUACCUGCUUCUCAGCCCUCCAGUCCAGUCCGUGGCAUUUUUCCUCACCAAUACGCGCCACAGAUAGCGGGUAGACAGCGAGGAGCUACUUUUAGCGGCGGUUCUUUUUAUAACUUUGGUCAAUCGAACCCAUCGCCUUUUACUUUCACGCAGGCGGUCACAUCUCAAGCAAUCCCUUCCCAAUUCACCUUUCCGGCCUUGCAGAGCCCUAUUGAUUCCCCUCUAGCACCAUCACCUACCAUUGCGACUUCGACCUCUCACGUACAAGGGGACGGGAAUGCCCUUUUCGGUUCUUCAGGUCAAGGUCAGCAGCAACAAAAGGGUCACCAGCAGCAGCUGGGGAUUAUGGCCACCAACGAAAUCUCCAUGGAAGACGUGUCAACUCCUACGCCCGCCCCUUCGCACAUGACUACUUCCAGAAAAUCGUCAUUGGGCCAUUCCCAUCCAUCAAUUCCACAACACUCUACUGUAAUUCAAUCCCAGGUGCAAAAUCAGAAUCAAUCCCAGACGCACUCACAGUCAUGUUUGGGCGGGUUGACAAUGGAGAUGUCCAGCGAAAUGAUUGAUAAGCUGUCACUUUUGGACAAAAUCUUAGAUUCCGCGCAGAGUGCAAAGCAAGCGUUGUUAAGAGGUGAAGAGAUUGGGGUAUCGACAAAUCUGGGUGACAUCAGUAACCACCUUGAGGUUGCAAGCGAACUUGGCGUAGGCCCGGUUCAGACACCUAAAGAUAAUACUACCCCCAACUCUCAAACCUCUCAGAGUACAUCCCCGACAGGAAAUUACCUACCAUCACCUGCUGUACAGACUAAUGUCACCUCUGCGCCGCCUCAAUAUCAAGUGUCCAUGACGUCCACAGCUGUCCCCACCCAGCUGAAUAAUUUACAAAUGACGGUUCAGCCCUCCAGUCUCCUUCCAUCUCUCCCUGUCGAUCAGAAUACCGCUGGGUCUAAACGAUCGGCCACUGUACAAACGAUCAACAGCACUGUGCCACCUGGUUCCAACUUAGCAACUGAGUUUUUGAACAGCAAGCUACAGGCUCCUCCUCUUGUCCAUUCGCACUCGUUUCCCAACGGUCAUCAGCUGCCAAGCCAGCUUACAGGGACAUUGCCUCCGACGACGCCAGCUGUGCCUUCGCCUAGCUUCAUUGCCUCCAUUGGCGCCCAGCACAUGCCUAUGAUUUCGUCACCCCUCGCCACUAUACCUCCCUCCCGUCCUCCCAGCCCACCAAGGUAUAAUCUCCCUCCUCAACCGUGGGAUGGCGAAAUUAUGUCUAUGGACGUCAGCUUACAACAGAAUGGUCUCGGAAACACUUCAAAACAACAAUCUGGGCCACAAAUGAUGGAACGGCGGCUAUCCUCAUCUGAACGGAUUGACGGGAGACCUAUAGUACGCGGAAGAAGCACCUCUGUCAAUAAGAACUGGUCCCAUUCAGCCAUGACAUCAAGUGUGCCACCGUCAGCAUGGCAGUCACGAGCGGGGUCGCCGGUGGACGACGGAGAUGAAGAGGAUGAUUCGGAUGAUGAUGAGCCGAGGAGAACCAAGAGGAGACGAAGUUCUGUCGGUGCAGAUGGAUUGGCGCCUGAUCAGGCAAAUGGCGGAAUUUCAGACGAUAUCCGCAGGCAGCUAGAUCAGAUUUUCGAGGAAUUCCUCAACCGGAUUUGCUCGGAUUUGGAUGCGUGUGAUAGUAAAGGCGAAAAAAUCCACCAAGUCCUUAUGCCUAAGAAGAUGCAGAAGCUUGACGAGUCUACGGAUUAUCGACCUUUUAAAUUCAGAAUCCAGGCGUUUACCAAUGCGUUUGCAGAGGAUUUGCAACAACGUGGUAUCACAGAGGAAAUUAUGUCCAUCAAAAAGAUUAAGAAUUAUCUCUGGAGACAAGGUCUCAUAUCGAGGUUUAAUCCUGACGGCAAGAAGGCAAAAUCGAAAGGCAAUCACAUCUGGAAUGUUGAUGCCAAAAAACUGCCGGGUGGUGGCUGGGUAUUCAGGCCUUUCCAGCGGAGAAUCAUUGGGCAGCCCAAUAAUUAUGCGGUGGUAAAUCAGCCGUACGAAUGGGAACCUAGGAUAUGGGAUCCUCAAGCAGCAUCAGACGCACUGCAUCCGAAAUUUAGCUCUCCUCCCGGCUCGCUACCUCACUGGUUGAGAUGGGAGGACGGAGUAAGGCUUGUGGGAAUACCUGAUCAGCCGACCGCUCCAUUUCAAAUACAAGUGCAUGCCGAAUUUAUCGAUGGCGGCGGGAAUCAUUCGACUCUAGAUGCUGGGUAUCCUUGCCAGGUUGUGUCCCAAUUGCUAUCUGUCACAGAUGGUUCUAGUGGUCCGCCACAAAUGUACAGCCAACCCAUGUUCAAUCCUUCCUCUCAGACUCAUUUUGAGUAUCUGAAUCAUUCACUCCCUGCUCUCGGCGUAGCGCCUAGCGCUCAGCAAAUUGAUAUGCAGUUCACAAACAGCAUGAUGUAUCCUCAACCAGGUAAUUAUUAAGCCUAAAUCCACAGCAUGUGCACAAUUCCUUUUUCAAUUGUCUUAUUGGCGAAGAGGCUGCUUCGUCCGCUUUUUGUUUCAUAAUAGAUACCUGUUUUUUUCCUUUAGAAUUUUUCUCUUUUUUCGGCAAUGGCUAUCGCCCUGUAGUGAGAAGCAUCAUCUUCUAUAGCUUUUCUGUACUGUAAAUUAGCAUUAGGAAAAACGCUUGCACAAGCGAGAUAGGAUCGAGAUGGGGUAUUUAGAAAACAAAUCUCUCUGGGACGUUUCCAUGUAGAAUGAGGGACUUUUAAUUCGGAUAACGUCGUGGUAUAGGAAAGGAUUUGAUAUUCUAUAUACAAUCAUGGAAAACUUGCAAUAGAUCUCUUCAUGACAAGGCAGGGGAUGCAUUAC